CACGCACACACACACACGCACACACGCACACACGCACGCGCACACACGUACACGCACACAUGCACGCAGAGACGCACACAUUUGCAGAAGCGUAAUUAAAUAAUCCUAAUCCGGGUGAUUACGUAUCACCAGUACACCGUCAUUCUGACAUCAACGUCCAUCCUUCAUCAUCCAUCAUCCAUCCAUCCUUCAACCAUCCAUCCUCCAUCGCCUCGCAUCCUGCGGUGUGUUGCUCACAACACCACCGAGUUCCCACAAUGCUCAGCGAGAAGGACCACCAAGAUGGCUGACGCUAUGGAGGAAUACGAGACAGAAGCAGGCUGCGUCCCAGUCCUGCACCCCGAGGAGAUGAAGCCCCAGACCCACCAUCACAGUGGUAGCCAUGGUUACAGCAGUGACAACACGGCGCGCAAGAGCCACGUGGACGACUACAGCACCUGGGACAUCGUCAAGGCAACGCAGUACGGUAUUUUCGAGCGGUGUCGGGAGCUUGUGGACGCAGGAUAUGACGUCAGACAGCCGGACAAGGAGAACGUCACACUCCUUCACUGGGCCGCCAUCAACAACAGAAUAGACCUGGUCAAGUUCUACAUAUCUAAGAGUGCGGUGGUGGACCAGCUGGGAGGAGACCUCAACUCCACACCUCUGCACUGGGCCACAAGACAGGGCCACCUCUCCAUGGUGGUCCAGCUGCUGAAGUACGGCGCCGACCCCUCCCUGAUCGACGGCGAGGGCUGCAGCUGCGUCCACCUCGCAGCGCAGUUCGGCCACACCUCCAUCGUUGCCUACCUCAUCGCCAAGGGACAGGACGUGGACAUGAUGGAUCAGAACGGCAUGACCCCUCUGAUGUGGGCCGCCUACAGGACACACAGCGUGGACCCCACCCGUCUCCUGCUGACCUUCAACGUGUCGGUGAACCUGGGGGACAAGUACCACAAGAACACGGCGCUGCACUGGGCCGUGCUGGCGGGCAACACCACCGUGAUCAGCCUGCUGCUGGAGGCCAACUCCAACGUGGACGCCCAGAACAUCAAGGGGGAGACGCCCCUGGACCUGGCCAAGCAGAGGAAGAACGUGUGGAUGAUCAACCACCUGCAGGAGGCCCGUCAGGCCAAGGGCUACGACAGCCCGUCCUACCUGAAGAGGCUGAAGAUAGACAAGGAUUUCCGUCAGAAGGUGAUGCUGGGGACCCCCUUCCUGGUCAUCUGGUUGGUGGGGUUCAUCGCUGACCUGGACGUUGACUCCUGGUUGGCUAAGGGCCUGAUGUACGCAGCCGUGUGGUUGGCUGUUCAGUUCCUCUCCAAAGCGUUCUUCGACCACUCCAUGCACAGCGCUCUGCCGCUGGGGAUCUACCUGGCCACCAAGUUCUGGAUGUACACCACCUGGUUCUACUGGUUCUGGAACGACCUCCCCUUCGCCACGGUCCACGUCCCGUUCCUGCUCAACUCCGUGGCGCUCUUCUACAACUUUGGCAAGUCCUGGAAGUCGGACCCCGGGAUCAUCAAGGCCUCGGAGGAGCAGAAGAAGAAGACCAUCGUGGAGCUGGCUGAGACCGGCAGCCUGGACCUCAGCGUCUUCUGUAGCACCUGCCUGGUAGGACCCACUCACUCCCUCUCUCACUCCUGUUCACUAUCACUCCCGCUCUCACUCCCUCUCUCACUCCUGUUCACUAUCACUCCCGCUCUCACUCCCUCUCCCACUCCUGGCAACGGUCCCCAGGGGCAACGGUCCCCAGGGGCAACGGUCCCCAGGGCAACGGUCGCCGGCGCAACGGUCGCCACUGCAACGGUCGCAAGGCCAUCGAUCGCCAGGGCAACAGUCGCCAGGGCCGUGGACCGACCAGUCCUCCUGGUGACCAGUACCGACCAGUACCCACCAGGAGGUCUCCUGGUGACGAGGGCCGACCGCUGA